CCCGCGAUUGCGUUACGUUGUGAGCAGCGACAGCUCCAAGAGUCAAACGAGUGGCUGAUAUGCGAGCGCGAUCUCCUCCUGCAGCGCUGCAACGAACAGGCGCAGGUGUUGCGGGACUGUAGACGAGCGGUUCAUGCCCUUUAUGCCGAUGCCGUCACAGUCUUACAAGCGAGUGAACGACGGGCCUACCGGAUCGAUAGGCCUGUAGAUAAAGAUUUCGAUCUUGACCUUCACGCAAUCUGGCGAGAGUCUUCUGGUAUACCUACGCCGCCCCCCUGUCUUGCCGCCUAUCACGAUGAUCUUGGGCCAGAUUUUCAGGAUAUAGCUGAGUCUGCGGAAUAUGAUCCUCAGGAGCCCUCCUUGGUCGAAUGCUUCUUCCACCCUUACUAUGAGAGCCAGUCGGGCUUCAAGUGGAGACGGGUCCCCCCCUCUCGUUCUUUCUUCAAAGAGGAGGUUUACUGGGUGGAGUUCCGACUUGCACGGCUUGAUCAGUUAACCGGCGAGACGAUAAGGGAGUAUCUGUUUUUCCUGCCCCGGGUUGAAACGGUCAUGGGAAAUCUAUGCCGAGUGCAUGGACAGAUACUGGACAUCAUCUCCCGACCACCUGCGGUUGGAGCGAUGGCCGCUAGCUUCCGAUUGUCUUUGUGGCAGCGCACGGAACCUCUACUGUAUUCGGGUCACUCGGCACUCUCCCCGCUAGCUACUCUGUCCACCACCCAUAUUAGCCUUCCAAUAUACUGGCGUAUUCGUUGU